CCCCCCCCCCCCCCCCCCUGAGUAUCACGCUAGGCUGAAACUUCCCUGUUGCCGAGCCUCGAUAAUAACGAAUGAUAGAUGGCCCGUCGACUGUACAAGCUGCAUCAGGAAAAGCUCUUGACGCACCAUAACGACGAGAAUGACUGGGAUCGGUGGAAGUAUGCCGAAUCUCUCCGACGGAAUUUCUUUUUCGUCAAUAUGAUUAAUAUCCUCGGGGCAAGAGUGCGGAAACUGAACGAGCACUACUUUGAACCGCUGGGCGAUGACAUGAUCCUCCAGUUGCCUCUUCCCGCUCCGGAGCAUAUGUGGCGCUCAUGUACCGAUGAAGAGUGGAUAAUGGCCCGUGAACACACGUGGCGGCAGCCCGGGAAACUCUCCGACGGAGUUCAUAGUCAUGCCGGUCCCCGAACAUUGCGGGAACUCCUGGACAUGGAUAAGGCAAGGACCCUGGAUGUUUCUACUUUGUUACCGGUUACUCGAUUGAUUCUCGCCUGUGCAAAGAUCGCCCCGAAGGGUGAUUCGCUCGGCGACUUAUGAUUUACGGCUCCCCUUUCGCUUACUAAAUUUCUUUCCUGUUGGUUGUUUGUCAAUUUGUUUGCAUGGUGGAUGUAUACGAUUUCUCGACUGUACACAGAUUGAUGAUUAAGGCGGGUUGCUUGAUACGCAAUUUUCUUUAAUACGGGUAUAUAGUAUAUACUUUUUCCAUACUACCAGCUAGAUUCCAGCAAUGAGUACGGCCAUGUUUUUCCGAUCCUUGAACUUGAAUCUGUCUCUCCUGGCUGUAAAAAUGUGCCCCGUAAUCUUUCAACUCGGAUCCAUCUGGUCGUCACGUGUUUGUCGGAGAAGAGUG